AUGCCCUCGAUACACUAUCUUCCUACCGGGCUCAUAAGGACUCUUCCAGACGGAAACUCGGAAGAGCUUUGCUUUGUCUUGGUUGUGGACGAUGAUAUGGGUAUGACAAUAGCAACAAGGACGUACACUAUGAUGCCUGCAACUGGAGGCUCCCGGGUUCCUACGCACAGUACUAGAUUCUCGCCCAAUGCGGAUCUUGUAUCGUCGCCGAUGGGAAUGGCGAUAUUGAGGGGGGAACCGAUAACGACGGUUUGUGAGCAGUUCGUGAAACUAGAAGUAGAGGAAAAGGAGGAGAAGAAGAAGGGGAUAGAGGAGGGGAAAGAAUUGGGGAUUCCGUUGCGGGGGCCGUUUGAGUCAACUGGUACGCCCCUACUAGCAGUGGGACAGCUAGUUGAGGAAGGAGAACUAGCAUACGAUGCUGGGAGGGAUUCAAUCGUCACGGACGAUUAUCCAGAGGAAUGUGUGGAGGAAUAUCCCAUAGGGUAACUUACCCUCCCACCCACUUCAAUCCCUUUUCGUCUUUAACCUUACUAACAACUGUUCGCAGUCCCCCACCAUCACCAGCCAUCACCGCCACCCACUCGCCCAUCUCUCCCCACCCUCAAUGGCUCGGCGGCCUUUCACUCUCUCCUUCCGUGCCAUGCCCAAUAUACGUUUCUAAAUUUUUCCCGCAGCCGGAUGUUCGCUCGCUCACUAUCGCCGAGCGAAGAGUCCGAACUCGGCUUGCCGGGGAGCCCACAGCGGGGCAGACUGUCCGAUUCCCCCCCGAGCGGAUCAAUGUUGCUCUCGCCGAGGGGGUUUGGGCCGAGGACAAUCCCGGAUUAGUACCAGUCAGGGGAAGGGAGCCAGAGCUUUUAUGCGACUAG